AUGGCUGCGGCUCACGUUUCCACGCGGUCAAUACUCUCCUCCUUCCUCCCACGAUUAUCUGCGCCAACAGCAUCCAGCAGCUCAAGAUACACAACGCUAUUAUCGCGACAGUUGUCACACCCACUUCUGCCCUCCUUCGGAUUCGCUAUUCCAGCGGCAAUUCAAUUGAAUGUUCCGGGCAUGAUUGAGGGAAUAUGGGAAUCGAUAUUGAAAGCAGUACCCAAGAAGAGGACAUCACAUAUGAAGCAGAGGUCUAGACGGAUGGCUGGAAAGGGAUUGAAGGACGUUGAAGCACUCAACAAAUGCUCUGUGUGUGGAAAUGUUAAAAGAGCGCAUCUGUUAUGCCCAUUUUGUGUCCAGGAGGUGCGCGAUUUUUUCAAAGGGAAGGAGACAGUGCAGAAAACUUUUGAUACGUUGACGAAAGAGGCCGAGAAUUUCAGAAAGGGUAUCAAAGCAGAGGCGAAGGCAAAUGCUAUAGAAGAAACCCCAGAAGAGCCAGCAGCGGUGGCAGACGAGGCGGCCGCAACAGAUGCUCAGAAAUUGCCAGAUGUAGACCAAGAAGGUAAAACGUCUAAACAAUACCUUACGACACAUACGGUAGACGAUGCACAUAUCACCGACAUCUUUUCUAUCGCCACCACGCCGACGCAGGUUCUUUCCGUCUCUGGCGCGUCGUGUAUAAAAGUACAUUCUACAACCUCUCCCGAGAUACCCUUGGAACAAACGAUCCAAGGCGCUCACAAACUUGGUUGCCACCAUAUUGUCACUUCCCGAAACGGUCGCAUCGCAGCAACAGCAGGCUUUGGUGGCGAAGUUAAAGUAUGGAGCAUAUCUGAAGCCUCAGAAUGGGUAGAAGAGGGAAAGAUUGUGGAUGGUAAUAAAGCUGGAGAGAUCUGGGCGAUUGCCUUGAGUGAAGAUGGACAGUUCCUUGCCAGCACCACAUAUGAUGGGAGAAUCAAUGUAUGGGACCUGAAAGACGGAAGGAAGAAGAUUCGAGAGUACGAGACGAAGGGAAGCUUUGGGAUGUGUAUCGACAUGAGUAGAGAUGGGAAAUUCACUGCUAGUGGUCAUGAAAAUGGCGGAGUAUACAUAUUUAAUAAUGAUACUGGAAAGAUAUUAUACUCGUUGCCAGGUCUUGUCAAGCCAGUACGAACGGUAGCAUUCUCACCAGCAGGCACGAGAUUAGCUGCUGCUGGAGAUGCAAAGGUUAUAGCACUUUACGAUGUGCAACAUGGAGAGCAGGUAGCAAAUCUCACCGGCCACUCCUCAUGGAUAUUCUCUGUCGAUUGGAGUGAUACUGGCGAAUACCUACUCAGCGGAUCUUUCGAUGGAAAGGUUAAAGUCUGGUCUAUCGAUCGAAGAACAUGUGUAGCUACGCAUAGCGAGACUGAUAAGACAUUGUGGUGUGUCAAAUGGCUGCCAAAGGUGUCGAACAAGAGCGAAGCUUUUGCAACUGCUGGAGCGAAUCGAAGCAUCACUUUCUACAGAGAAGCUACUGGUGGAUAA